CGAAUAGACUGGUGUUUGGGGGAAAUACUUCCCCUAGGAUUAUAAACAGCCUCGUUCUCUAAGGCAGCUGCUACACCUCAUGCUGCAAAGAGAGUGGGGGGUUGGUUUUUGGUGUGCAGCAUGUGACUUUGAUUUGGAUCACAGCCGAGCCCAGGAGAACUUGUACUUUGUACUUUCCAUCUUGUUGGGAAAAAAUACCUUUCCUUCCACCCUGCCACCCCCACCUCAGACUUGAACACAUGCUGAACUCACUGAAACCAUGCUGUUGUUUUGAACCUCCCCCCAUCCAUCUCUUCCAGUGGGAGACAAGCUAGUGCUCUGCCUGUUUUUCCCUCCUAAACUGCUGAUAGGUCAUCUUUGGCAGUCUUGCGCCGCAGCCCCUGGACAUAUUCUGCGUUGUUCUGUUUUGUGAGUUGCUGCAAGAGGAAAACACGCCGGAGCUGGAAAAAGUGACCAGCGUCGCUCAGAUGCUUCCCACAAAAAUGCGUCUCCUGCCAGGACUCCGGCGGAGCUGCCGGCUCUCCUAGAAAUCCUGAGAGACGCAAAGGCGGAUAAAGAUGGUAGAAACUUAACUUUUUUGGUAAACAUUUCCAUUCUCUGGACAGUAUUUGUUAUUCUACUGUUGGAUCUGAGUUCCUUUGCUGUCUGGUCAUCAUGAUCAAGUGCACUAAACCAGUCAUAGAUGAGAUUAUGCAACAGGAGAUAAGGCCUCUGCUGGCUGUGGACAUCAUCGAACAGCUUCACAGGCAGUUUGCAAUGCUGUCAGGGGGACGAGGGAAGGAUGGCGCCCCAAUCAUUACUUUCCCAGAAUUUUCUGGCUUUAAUGAUCUUUCCGAUGAAGACUUCAUUAAUGUAGUCACAUAUCUGACCAGCAUACCCAGUCUGGAUGCAGCCAGCAUCGGCUUCAUCAUUAUCAUAGACCGCCGGCGGGACAAAUGGACUUCGGUGAAGGCCUCGCUGGCUCGAAUAGCGGGGGCAUUUCCAGGCAACCUGCAACUAGUCCUAGUCCUGAGACCGUCACGGUUCUUUCAAAGGGCCAUCGCUGACAUUGGCAUCCGGUUACGCCGCGAUGACUUUAAAAUGAAGGUACCGAUUGUCAUGCUGAAUUCCCUGUCAGAUCUUCACGGCUAUGUGGAUAAAGGUCAGCUGACAUGUGAAUUAGGUGGAAGUCUGCAGUACUGUCACAGUCAGUGGAUCCACCACAGGACAGCCAUUGAAAACUUUGCUGUGACGGUGAAGACCACAGCCCAAAUGCUUCAGAGAUUUGGAACAGACUUGGCAGAAACCGAACUUCCCAAUGACGUUCAAUGCACCAAAGAUCUCCUAACAGCUCACACAGACAAACAUGACAAGCUUCAGGAUGAACUGAAGUUGGCUCUGAAACAAGGGACCACAUUGCUUUCGUGUAUCAAAGACCAGGCCAGCAAAGCCGAGAACCACAAACUAAACCCAGACGAAAUGGAAAAUCUAACCACAGUGGAAAGGUUGUUAGCUCAGCUGGAUGAGACUGAAAAUGCGUUUGAACAGUUCUGGUCCAAACAUCACUUGAAGUUAGAGCAGUGUUUGCAGUUAAGACAUUUUGAGCAGGACUUUAGAGAGGUGAAACUGUCUCUGGACAACCUGAUGGAGAAUUUGCUGACACUUUCAGACAGCGGAGACGGGGCUAGCCGCAUUGAGCAGCUCCUAAAAGACCUGAGGAGCAUGCAGGACAGAGCUCAGGAAUCUUUGGAGAAGGCACAGCUGCACGCACUGCACGGUGACCAGUUAAUCCAGAGCAACCACUACGCGGUCGACUCCAUCCGGCCCAAGUGUGUGGAGCUGCGGCGCAUUUGUGAUGACUUCAGCAACGAAGCCAAAAAAAAGAAUGACUUCCUGUCCAAAUCACUUGAGAUCCAUACAUGGAUAGAGAAGGUGAGCCACUGGUGCGAGAAUGGUGUGUACCUGCUGGCAUCACAGGCUGUAGAUAAGUGCCAGUCUCAGGAAGGGGCAGAAGCAGCUCUGCAAGACAUUGAGAGGUACAUGUUGACAGCUAAGGAGCAGCAGCUCAGCCAGCUCAAAGACCUCUACAACCAACAUGAGAUGGCUCUCUCUGAUCUCAUGAAGAUCAAUGUGCAGAAUGCACUGAAAAGGCUGGAAGAGGUGCAUGAGAUGUUUGAGAAGAGACACAUCAGUCUAAAGAGGCUGUCAGCCAAGCAAACCAGGCCCGUGCAGCCUGUGGCUCCACGUCCUGAAUCUUCUCCGAAGCGCCCUUCACCGAAAAGCGUGCGACCAACAGGCUCCGCACCAAACCGAAGAGGUCCAGAGAAUAGUUCCACCAAGCACAACACUGAUACUGAGCUAGCAAGGAAGAAAAACAUUCGCAAGACUAAAGGAGGCAUCAAGAUUGAAGUUAUGCAUGAGGAGAGUCAAGGAGGUUUGAGCCAUGUUCUCAUGACCAGCGAGACGGAGGAGAGCCUGUCAAGCAGGCGGCGACACAUUAUGAAUGAGCUGAUUGAGACGGAGAGACUCUAUGUGGAGGAGCUCCAAAGUAUAAUUGAGGGUUACGCUGCAGCACUGGAUAAUUCAGAAAUGACGCAUCUAAUACCACAUGUGCUGGAAAACAAGAAGGACGUGCUCUUUGGCAAUCUUGAUGACAUUUACACUUUCCAUAAUAGGACAUUUCUCAAAGAGCUGGAAAAUUGCAUGGAGAAGCCAGAGUUAGUGGGAACAUGCUUCUUGAAAAGAAAAGAAGAGCUGCAGAUCUAUGAGAAAUACUGUCAAAAUAAACCUCGGUCUGAGGCUCUCUGGAGGCAGUGUGGGGACAGCCUGUUUUUUCAGGAAUGCCAAAAACGGUUGGACCACAAGCUCUCUUUAGAUGCAUACCUGCUAAAGCCUGUGCAGAGAAUCACCAAGUACCAGUUACUUUUGAAGGAAAUGCUGAAGUGCUGCAAGAACUCAGAGGGCACGGCAGAAUUGGAGGAAGCUCUGGCCACUAUGUUAGACAUGAUAAAAUCUGUCAAUGAUUCAAUGCAUCAAAUUGCCAUCACUGGCUUUGAGGGUAAUUUGAACGACCUGGGUAAGCUGCUCAUGCAAGGCUCUUUCAACGUGUGGACAGACCAUAAGAAAGGUCACAAUAAAGUCAAGGACUUGGCGCGCUUCAAGCCCAUGCAGAGGCACCUCUUCUUGUACAAUAAGAUGAUUUUGUUUUGCAAGAAGCGUGAGGAGAACUCGGAUGGCCAUGAGAAAUCCCCAUCCUACAGUUUCAAGCACUCUCUGAAGAUGAGUGCUGUUGGAAUCACAGAGAAUGUGAAAGGAGACGCCAAGAAAUUCGAAAUCUGGUACAAUGGAAGAGAGGAGGUCUACAUCAUUCAGGCCUCCUCCAUGGACGUGAAGAACACGUGGGUGUCCGAGAUCAGGAAAGUACUGACGGGCCAACUGGAGGCGUGCAAAGAGGCAAGUCAGCUCCAUCAAAGAAUCACCGAAAACAUUUACCAUGCUCCCAUGAGGAACGUUCGCAAAAUGGCCUUGAGGCAGUCCGACUCCUCCAGCCCAGAGACAGGCUACAAGCGCAGUGACAGCGGCCCCAACAUGAGGCAGAAACGAGCUGGCGCUAUGUCCAACCUUAGUUCAGACCCAUCCUCAGCUCUGGCUAGAAAGCGCUUCACCUUACACGGCCUGUCCAAUCGCAGGUCCCUGCCAUCAGAGCCGACGCCUAAGGAGGCCGAGGUCCCUCGCCGCUUCUCUUUAGCCUCUUCCGUCAGUGCAUCCUCGACCACGCGCACAAAAGGUCCUCUAUCUUCGACCAUUAAAAGCAAGAGACACCAAAUUAAAAGUGACCCAACUCCAUUUGGUUAUGAAGAUUCUUUGCGAGAUGCUCUUCCUGCUGACAGCAAAAAUAAAGGUACAACAAGUACCAAGCCCACUGUGCCUAGGUCCACCUCUCAACCAGGAUGGACCCAGCGCCGUUUACCCUCAAUGGACACCGAAGACUUUGAGACCAUCCCAUCCAGUGCUGAAGAGCUCUCAAAUUCCUCAGACGGAGAGGAGGACAGCAGUAACAAAAAUGGGGAGAACAAUCGCUUUCAGGUGCAGCUGACGUACGAGUCACGAGCGCCACAGGAGAUGUCGCUGGAGCCUGGAGAUUUAGUGCAGUUCUUAGAAGAGGUUGAGAAUGGCCACUGGCUAGUCAAGAACUUAAUUACUCUGAAGACAGGGCUGGUUCCACCCAGUAUCCUGCAGUCUACAGCAGGAGGAGUGGACAUUUACAGUAACACUGACAUCUUCAGUGACCUGUGUACGGCGGCCCUCACAGACCCAGAGGAAACAGAGGAGAGCGCUGGGCUGCUACCAGUCCAGGAGAACAGAAUUGCAUGUUAAACAUGUCUUUUUUUUUCCCUUUUUUUUUUUUUUCUUCUGCAUCAUUUUAGUGCCAUACAUCGACAAACCACGCAGGAUUCCUCCCUGCUAAACCUUUGCGUUAUUGUAAAGUGAAGACAAUCUGUUGCUGCUAUUCCCACUUGUGCCAUGUGGACAAGAGCUUGGAUUUUUUUGGCCUUUAGACUCCACUUGAACCUUGCUUGAACAAAGCAACGGAUUGGGCCAGCCAGCUGUCAGGGUUAGCUAUGAUCUGCUUUGACAUUUCUAAGGAAAACUGGAAUCCAGUGUAUUUCUAAGCAGCGUUUCAGCGUCGGCUCACAGUGGCCGCUUGUUUUUGAAACAGGCCUGAUCAUGUCAUGACGUUGAGCGAAAUUGAGUGAGAGAGAAAGAGACUCUAAAUUGUCCUGUCCUGCUGAAAUUACCACUCUGAUUUUUCUUCUAGCCUGGAUCACUUUUGUUUAUCAAAGACAUUCAACCGGAACGGAAGUCAUCUCAGCAAAAUUACCUGUUUCGAUUCUGUUGGUCAGAAAUGCAGCAAUUUAGAGUAAAAAUAACAGUCUACAGUAUUAUGUGUAUGUAUAUUAUAGAAGAUUUCUGUACUCUUUUGUAUUUGGUGUCUUAUUUGUUCUGUAAUUGCUCUUUAAACAUUCAUUUCUGGUUCCUCAAAUGUCUCUCUUGGGGAUGUUUAGCCUCUAAGCAAUUUUACCAGUCAUUUGAUAUUUUAUUGUAGCACAAAUGUUCCAACUGUACUGUAAGAACAAAUAGCAUUGCUAUAUAUGAACUUUAUACCCUUUUUUAUUCAAACAAAUUCAGUUUCUAGUCAAGAAAUCAAAUCAGAGACAAAUCACUCUCUGCAGCGUAUCAAAUGUGGCCUUUGUAUUUUGCUUAAAACAGCAGAACAUUUUGGAGAAUGCAAUGACAGCUUGUUACUGAGCGUGUAACAGUAUCACAGCAAGAAAUAUUACACAUAAUAAGAAAGGUUGUUCCAUUAUGACAUCCCUGUUGAAUGUAAAAAAAAUAAUAAUAAUGAAUUGAACCAUGUCUUAUUGAUUUUUAAAGUGGAGGCUGUAAACAUUUUCCAAGUCUGACCACACAACUGUAUAUAUCCUUAUCCGAUUUCGUCGUUUAUUGACGAUGAUUCUAAGCACAAAAAUUAAAUGUGGAAUGCAGAGUUUAUUGCUGAUGAUUAUAAUACACUGUUAUUUAUUAAGAGAAGCUGAUGUUUUUAACUGAUUCAUAUGGUUAGUGUAUUACCAUCUACAUUUUCAAACGUAUGAUUAAAUACAUACAAAGUAAA